GAGAGGAAGAGCAGCGCUCAUCUCCACUCCCCCUCCCAGCAACUGGGAGAGCAAGUCUAAAUCAUGUUGCAUAUCAGUGCAGUUGUGCUGUGAUGUCGCUCAGGCAGAGCCCAGUGCAGAGCAGACAACCUAGUGGACCAGUAGUCAGACCCAGGAUCAGCCCAGCCCUCACAGAACUGGAGACCCUCUCCCCGCAACAUCCCUCGCCUCCACCACGUGCCCACUUCAGUGACAUGUACCCUGAAGAGAGCCGGGGGUCUGGAGGGGUAGCCACUGUAGACUUCCUGGAAGGGACAUACGACUAUGCCGCUCCCACCCCUGCCCCGACUCCUCUUUACAGCCACUCCACCCCUGGCUACUACUCCGCUCCUCUGGACUCCCACAGACCACCCUCAGAUGGCAGCCUUCAGUCCCUGGGUAGUGGGCCAGCCAGUCCUCUAGUGUUUGUACCCUCCAGCCCCCGACUCAGUCCCUUUUUGCACCCACCCAGCCACCACUAUUUGGAAACCACCUCAACACAUGUCUACAGUGUCCCAUCCAGUCAGCAGUCGGUUCCCAGAGAGGACCAGUGCGGCACCAGUGACGAGUCUUACAGUCUGGGGGAGUCGGGGGCCGGAGCGGGGGCCGGAGCGGGGGCCGGAGCGGGGGCCGGAGCGGGGGCCGGAGCGGGGGCCGGGGGCUUUGAGAUGGCCAAAGAUACGCGCUUCUGUGCUGUGUGUAGCGACUACGCCUCUGGGUAUCACUACGGGGUGUGGUCCUGUGAGGGCUGCAAGGCCUUCUUCAAGAGGAGCAUCCAGGGUCACAAUGACUAUAUGUGCCCAGCAACCAAUCAGUGCACUAUUGACAGGAAUCGGAGGAAGAGCUGCCAGGCUUGCCGUCUUAGGAAGUGUUACGAAGUGGGGAUGAUGAAAGGAGGUGUGCGCAAGGACCGUGGGCGUAUUUUGCGGCGUGACAAACGACGUACUGGCACCAGUGACCGAGACAAGGGCUCUAAGAACCUGGAGCCCCGGACUGGACCCUCUCAGGACGGGAGGAAACGCAGCAGCAGUGCUUGUGCUGCAGGAAAAUCAUUGCUGACGAGCAUGCCUCUCGACCAGGUGCUCCUCCUGCUCCAGUGUGCUGAGCCCCCGAUACUGUGCUCUCGUCAGAAGCUGAGCCGACCCUACACCGAGGUCACCAUGAUGACCCUGCUCACCAGCAUGGCCGAUAAGGAGCUAGUCCACAUGAUUACCUGGGCCAAGAAGCUUCCAGGUUUCCUGCAGCUGGGCCUCCAUGACCAGGUGCAGCUGCUGGAGAGCUCAUGGCUGGAGGUGCUGAUGAUCGGGCUCAUCUGGAGGUCCAUCCACUGCCCUGGCAAACUUAUCUUUGCCCAGGACCUAAUACUAGACAGGAAUGAAGGCGACUGCGUCGAAGGCAUGGCGGAGAUCUUUGACAUGCUGCUGGCCACUGCUUCCCGCUUCCGCUUGCUCAAACUGAAACCUGAGGAGUUUGUUUGUCUCAAAGCUAUCAUCUUGCUUAACUCCGGUGCCUUCUCGUUCUGCACAGGCACGAUGGAGCCCCUCCACGACACCGCGGCAGUUCAGCACAUGCUGGACACCAUCACUGACACACUCAUACAUCAUAUCAGCCAAUCAGGCGGCCCGGUUCAGCAGCAGUCGAGACGGCAGGCCCAGCUGCUCCUCCUGCUCUCCCACAUCAGACACAUGAGCAACAAAGGCAUGCAGCAUCUCUACAGCAUGAAGUGCAAGAACAAAGUGCCUCUGUACGACCUGCUGCUCGAGAUGCUGGACGCUCACCGCCUCCACCGCCCGGACAAACCAGGUGAGCCGUGGUUCAACGCUGAUGGAGAGCAACUCUCCACCAGCAGCAACGACGACAACAACAACGGCAGCAGUGUCGGCUUUUCAGGAGGUUUUUCCGGCUCCGGUUCAGGACCCCGAGUCAGCCUCGAGAGUCCGAGCAGGGCCCCCACAGUCCUGCAGUAUGGAGGAUCCCCUUCUGAUUGCACCCACAUCCUAUGAGACAGAGCACAGCAAGCAUCAUCUGAAGGUCAUAGAUAUGUGUAGUACCGAAUGAGAGGGGCUUGGGAAUGACAUAUAAUGGUUGUAUUUUAAUUAAUUUCAUGAGAUAAUUAUUUAUAAAUUAAGUGUAGUUGUAUAUUUUUCCUUUGCACUACUCCAAUUUACUACAAUAUGAGCGUCAAUGCAGUUAAUCUUUUAUGCUGCCUUUCAUAAUAUCUGUGAUUUUGAGUCGGCCGUUAACAACUUUACAAGUACAGCUUAUUAUUAUCAAAACUGCAGGUGUGAGGUCAUAUUGUGGCACUCUGUUAGCUUUGAAAUGACGAACAGCUAAUUUUUCAUUUUGUUUGCCGAGACCAAAGAGCACUUCCUCUGGGCUUUAAGGGGCUAUCGGGCUUUAUUUUUACUUUUACAUAAUAAGGAUGAUUAUGCACUUAACUAUGAUAAAACUGGUUAAAAUAGCUAAUUUAUUUUGUUUAAAUUCCAAUAUUGUCAAUGACUUAACAUCAGGUAUUGUAUUUUCUGUGCACAUACAAUUUAAAAGUAAGAUAUAUUUUGGAAGAAAAUCCUACUAAUGGUGAAAUUAUCAGUGCCUCAGGAUAUAUCUGUUGAAUUUUGAAUAGCUAAAAAUUGCACGAUCAAAUCCUAAAACACUGAAUACAUAAUGAAGGAAGCCAAGCUUUAUUGUUGGGAAACGUCCCCCUUUCCACAGCGUGUUGUGUGUCGUUGGUUUGUUCUUUAUGCUUACUGCACCAAAUUGUGUUUGUGUGGCAGAGACUGAGUGGCUCCAAUCUGAUUUUAUGCAUAGAUCUUUGGACGAUGCAGUUGUACAACACUUCAACACUUCAAAGCUACAACCAGUUAUUGUUCAUCCACUAUUUCGGUGAUUACAUGUCGAGUUUGCUGAAUUUACACGCCUCCAAAAAAAUGCAUCGUAAUGUAUGUGCACAUAUGCAAUCUUUUUUUAAUUUGUUUAAAUGGACAGUUUCAUCAGAUUAAGAACAUUUCUGAUACGGUCACAAUUGACGAGCUGCAACCAGCGACUAUUUGGCAUUUCUUCUUUUAAAAAUUGCCAAAUAGUUGGACAUCUCUCCAAUGAUCAAUAGUUAAAGCUGUUAAUCUAAAAAAAAAUGCAUGUUGCCAGGAAAGAAAUGCUAAACAAAAGAUGACGUUAGUGAAGUUUCAAGUAGUCAAAUCUGGAGUCUUUGCCACUGAAAUAUGGAAAGCCUCCAUAAAGUAAAACUAAUUAAUUUGGCCACUUGAGUUGUGAAGUGUGAUCCAGUCAAACCUGAACUGACAUGUCAUUUGUUUACUGCAUAAAUAAACGCAUUCAUGGGG